GCAUAUGACUCUGGAACUGACGGCAUGAUGGUCUACGCUUUCCAUCAUUCCUCGUGAUGCUUUCGGCGUUGGAAGACACGAGAUGACGUUCGUUUUGGGGAACGCUCUCUGGAUUUUUCCCCGUCGCGAUCUACAGCCGACGUUGUGGCCGGACUGAUCGGAAUAGUCGGGAGGACCAAGCCGGACACAUGUCCGAAGAACAAUUCCUCCGUGCGGACUCGGAGAACUGUUUUGGGUGGUGUGAAAAGACCUGAUCUGUACGGAACGUGAACGUUUCGAAGUUUGAGCUGCCUCGGCAAAUUCGAGAAUACUCGAAUCGGGCGACUUCCGCCAAAGUUUUCGACUCCGGCAACGCUCAAUUCACCCGACGUUGGACAUAAGCCGGCAGCAAGUAUCGCUGCCGCUCGUGAUAAAGUUCCUAGUCGACCAUUGCGUGCUCGGAGAUCUCUGGGAUUCUCUCACCGUCAAUCAGACAAGAGAAAAAAGAAGGAAAUGCCUCUGGGUUCGUGUCGCUUGCGUGUCGCGUCGCUGGGGAAGGGCGACGGCGGCGCCAUGGUCAAUCUGAAGGAUCUCCCCGAAGCAAGGAAAGGCUCGAUGAUAGAGGUGUCACUCAACGAUUCAUCGCAACGCGUUCAGAAGAUUGUAGUUCAGCUCUCGGGCUUCAGGGAUGAUUCACGGUACAACAUUUGGCUGGACCCGAACGCCCUGAACGUUUUCCAGCUGAAACCGUAUUCGGAAGUUAUCGUGUCGCUUGUGAAAUCAUCCGAUGUCGUUUUGGACAGCGUCGAGCUUGUUUUCAAGGACCAGUACCUCACUCGGAGCGAUAUGUGGAGACUGGCGCAAAGCAUCAUCGACACCGGAGUUUAUCUCAAAAAAGAGAUCAAGUUCUACACUUCCAAAUGCGACGUCUUCGAAAUGUGGUCGAAAGGUGAUCGACUCGGCUCAGGUCUCGCGAAUAAAGACACGAAAGUCGUGUUCCGUUCCGCUACCGGGAUGGUGGUUAUCUUCAUCCAGAUGUCGGCUGAAAUGUGGCAAUUCGACAUUCACGGAGACCUCUACUUCGAAAAAGCCAUCGACGGAUUUCUGCUUGAUCUCACUCGCAAAUGGAAGAAUUUCGGUUGCAACCACGACGUGACGAUCGUCCUGUUCUCGAGAACGAUCUACGAAGCCGACUCGUGGGAUCAGAUACCGAAAGAGGUCCGACACUGUAUUCAGCGAGAUCAGAGAGGACGGUUCUACGAAGACGUUUAUAGGGUUGCCAUUCAGAACGAACGCUUGGAUGACUGGACUUCAACCCUCCGUCUUCUGAAAACCUACUUCUCCGAAUACCAGGACUCGGUCGUCAAGAAACACAAAUCGGUGCCGAAUAUGCCCAACGCGUACAACAGUAACGCAGCGCAAGGGAACUUUCUUCAAGUAUUGAAUUUAUCGAUGAACGUGUUUGAGAAACAUUUCACUGAUCGGAGUUUUGACCGAACCGGUCAAUUGAGCGUUGUUGUGACUCCGGGAGUGGGAGUUUUCGAAGUCGAACGGGACCUGAUGGAUUUAACCAAGCAGCGGAUGAUCGAUAACGGAAUCGCCUCGGACCUCGUCUGUCUCGGCGAACAACCGCUUCAUGUGGUCCCGCUGUACAGAGUUUUCGGUGAGUUCCGAUUCCCUGGUGACGAGUACAACAUCCCUCACUGGAUUAAUUUAUCGUUUUAUACGUCAAGUAAAGUCAUAUCUUAUUCGGCGUUUGUGCCUCGAAUCAAACUGCCCACUCCCGACGGCUCUCCAAUGCGCGGACCGCUUUCCGCUCAGCUGGCGAGGUCGAAACGUCUAAUGACCCCUACCUACGACGGCACCGACGCGAUGCUCAGUCCCAGUGAUCCAAAUGCUCAAUCAGAUUAUGAAGCCUACGAGGCUUACGAUGCUCACGUCUUGAAGAAACCAGUCCUCCUGGCUCAACAGAGAGCUCGUGAAAAAAUCGCCGAAGCUCCGGUGCGUCGGAAAAGCCAAGUUCAUCCCCAUCGAGAGCGUGAAUCGUCCAUGUCUUCGGCAUCGUCACCAUCCAUGGCAUCUUCGAAACCGGAAUACAUAGGUCCCUUCGGCAGUCCAACAAUGCUCACCGGUUCUCCACGGUCGAUGGACUUCACCGACGGAGCGUCCCCGACAAUGGGCCGCGGGAUGAUGGCAGGCUCCGUCGACAGCUCGGUGGAAUACUUCAAGAGUCUCCAAAGGGGUCAGCAACCGAAGGAGCCCGAGAAGCCCAAACCUCUUGUGAAUCCUUUCAACUUGACCGGCGUGACCAUGAAGCUGACUUCGAACAGACGCCGAUGGACCCACGCGUUCCCAAUCGGACCUUCCGGAUCGUUUGUGCAGCAGCAUCACUUCCAGACCAAUUUAGCCUCUAAGCCCUCGAACGUGCCAAACCAUUACCGAGGUGGUCACGACGUCCCUGACAGCACCGGCUUGACAGGUUGGGGUCCUACGGGAGAACAAGAAUGGACCCCGGCGCUCACGACCGGAGUCGACUGGAAAUCUCUCGUGAUUCCGGCUUGUCUCCCACUGACAACCGACUAUUUUCCGGAUCCUCAUACACUCGUCGACGACUUCACUCUUUCCGACUAUCGUUUACUACCUGAGGAUAUCCCGCAUGUUUUCGGAAGUUCCCAAGUCCCGCGAGAGGUCCAAUCUGUUUAUCAAGAGCUCAUCUGUCAACGGCUCCAACAGGGUUUCCAAAUCGUGACUCUGCCUCCACACCAUCCGUACCGCGCGAGCAAAUCUUCGGCGUCAAGUGCCUUCCCUCUUUCUAGUACGGACAAGCGAAAAAUUUCCGGAUCCUCUUACCAAGAAGACGAAUCGGAGGAAUGUCUCAUGAGCAUCGGUGCCAUAUUCCAUUCGGUACAGCUACAUACGAGCGAAAUAGGAAUCAAGCAGUACAAGCCUCGUCAGGCCAGCCCCGAGAUGGAAUCGAUUCCGUACAGAUACCAGUUCACGUCACCGGGCAACGAAGAUUACACCCUCUUGGCCAGAGCUGUCUUCCACGCUGAACGGCUCGAGACCUUCAAUUGGAACUAUCUGGAUCAUUAUAUCUGUGGAGAACGAGAAUACUUCCUGCACAAAACCAAUAAAUUCUGGCGCUUCCGGAUGCUUCUGCUUCCCGGUUCGCCAGAAGCGAUCAAGAGCAUUCAAGAGUCCGGUAAGGUGAGCAUUUACUCGGACGAGGAAAAAAACUUCUAUCCGGACGAAACCGCGCAGCGUGAGGGAGUUCUCAAAUUCAUAGAAAUCCUCAACAAAAUCAAACCGACGACCAACGUAAUGAAGAGUCUUGUGAGCCCUGCCAGCAAAGCUGGUCUGAGACGAAGCAGCUUCGGUCAAGUGUAUUCGUUGUUGCAGAGCACGCAUACUCCGGCCUCCCACACACAUCAGCAGAAUCUUGGUUCGGUUCGCGAAAGAAGCGAAUCGAUGGCCGACAAGCCUUCUCGACGACUGAGGGAAAAUCCGCCACACCUCAACAGCGAUAAGUCGGCGUCGUCUACGUCUCUCGAGGAUACUUUCACGUCGAGCGUGCAUCUGAGCGAUGAGGUGAUGCACUCUCCCGGACACCUCAACCGAGGGAGCGCAUCUGACGAAAUCGCCCUGGCCAUGAGGUCAUCGAUGGAUUUCGUUCCGAAAGAUAAGGACAGGUCGGUUCGACAAUCGAACAACUUCCCACCGUUCGCGUUUAUGGGACUCGAUGCCGCUUCCUGGCUGCGCGCGAAUGUCGUCGAUGUACGAAGCGACAAAGACGUCUAUGCUCUCAUGAUGAGGCUGAUGAGGGAUCGCGUCGUUGUCCAGAUCACUAGAGAGGAUCGGGACGACUUCGUGUUCGGUUCUCAUUUAUAUUAUCUGCGGGACAUAUGCGCCGAUCCGCAUCUCCAUCACCGAACACAUCACGCCGACUACCAUGAGCUGGCCGAAGAAUGGGUGGAAGUCGAGUUCACAAAGAGGGAGAGACGGGAAAUGAAGUGGAAACAUUUUUCUAUUUUUGAGUCGGCUCGCUGCUCCUCGGUUUCCCAAGAGCUUCAAUACUCGAAAUCUUCCAGGCUCCGGUUCAAGAGAUCGUACAUGAACAUCGACGCAGGAAAAUCCGACAGACCGGAAUGGGGCCAAGCUCUGUACCACUCGUUCUUCCAGCCCGGGACCGCGUUCGAGUUGGACGUGGAGUGGGUAGUCGCAACUGGGAACAUCGUCGCGGAAAUGGUCCUGAAUUGGGCGCGAAAAGCUACAUCGUUCGGCCUGCAACUAGUACCGAUACCCUGCGAACCAUAUGCCUUGCCGGGCUCUCCUAACUCUGACCCUCUGAGGGGUCCGAUUUUCAUCCCUCUCGCCGCUCAAGAACUCCCCAGCGAGCUAUUGGAUCCAGCUGGAGCUUCAUCACUGCUGAACUUCAAACGAUAUAUCCUGCAUCGCUUUGGUUUCAUUCCGCACAGAGAUCUGUCUAUCGCUAAUGCGAAGAGGAAAGGCAGCGUCGCUAAGAACUUGGAAACUUUCGUGCAUUGUACGGGGGGCAUGUUCAUCGUGCCCGGGGAGGACAAUCUCGAAGAACCCUAUGACACGGGUCUGCGCGACCAUGAGACGCAAGCGAAUGUCAAGACCGGCUUCCUCUGGAGCUACAACUUUAUGAUCACGAAGCGUUGGAAGAACACAGCGUCAAUCGAUGAGAACUUCAUGAGGACGUGUUUAGCCGACAUGAGGAGCUUCUGCAAAAACACCGACGGUCGACUUGUAGCCAUGUACGAAGAGUGGAUCUCAAGGGAAGAAAACCGAUCGAAGUCGUCAGAGUCAGAUCAGCCUGUAGAUACGAUUGCCGAAGAAACGGGUAUCAUUGCCGAAGAGCCAUCCGCCGUUGGAUGAGUUCGCUGGCGGAAGCUUGUAAAUCGAGU